CUCACCCCGCCCCGUUCAACUCAGUCCACCGCGUUCAUUUCAUUCCUGCUCCCAUUCCGCGCAUAUUUCGCAUCCUUGGAGAGACGCUGCGCAUUUUACGCACUCAGCGCGCCCGAUCCUCGAGCAGAGCAGAACCCGGAGGAGCUGCGGAGUUGGCGGAGGGCUUCCCGGUGCCGAUCCGCGGAAAAGUGCGCGGAUUAAUCCGGAAAGAGGCGCCACGGAUCGAGGUGUUCCUGGAUUGUGGACCAUCUUGCUGAGUUUUCUCCACUCCAGCAGUCCUCUGGUUAUUCUUCUUCUUCCUGGUGGUUUGGAGCUGCCACUGUUUAAGCUAACAGCCUCCAGUCUGUAUCCAUCUGCAGCUGGCUGCUCCGCUGGGAGUUCAUUAUUGGUGUUAUAACUCGUUUUAGCUCGAGUUUACAAUCGGCGCUCAUCAUCUCCCGGCCGUCAAACCGUCACGUGGGACAUUCGGCCGCCAGGAUGGAUCGCAGUAGCUGGAGCGGCAGCGAGAGUCCAGGCGAGGACAUGGACAGACUGAGCGACUCUGGAGGCGAUAAGACCAUGGAUGGAGACCCCGAGGGCGUCUGGAGCCCCGACAUCGAGCAGAGCUUCCAGGAGGCCCUGGCCAUCUACCCGCCCUGUGGGAGGAGGAAGAUCAUUCUGUCGGACGAAGGGAAGAUGUACGGUCGCAACGAGCUGAUAGCCAGAUACAUCAAGCUGCGGACAGGGAAGACGCGAACGAGGAAACAGGUAUCCAGUCACAUCCAGGUCUUGGCCAGAAGGAAAUCCAGGGAGUUCCAGUCCAAACUAAAGGACCAGAAUGCGAAGGAGAAGGCGCUGCAGAGCAUCUCCUCCAUGUCCUCGGCUCAGAUCGUCUCGGCGACGGCCAUCCACAGCAAGCUGCUGCCGGGCAUCGUACGAGCCAGCUUCCCUGGCAAUGCACAGCUGUGGCAGGGGAUGAUUCCUGGGGGACAGUCCAGCUCCACCACAGAAGACAUCAAGCCGUUCUCCCAGCAGACCUACUCGGUGCAGACGGCAGGAACCACCACCAUCUCAGGCUACGAGCCGCCGGCUGCAGCCCAGACGCACCGAGAGCCGGCCUGGCAGGGACGCUCCAUCGGCACCACCAAACUCCGACUGGUGGAAUUCUCGUCCUUCCUGGAAACGCAGCGCGAGCAGGAGGCGUACAACAAGCAUCUGUUCGUCCACAUCAGCCAGAACAGUCCCAGCUACAGCGACCCGCUGCUCGAGUGCGUCGACAUCCGGCAGAUCUACGACAAGUUCCCCGAGAAGAAGGGCGGCCUGAAGGAGCUGUUUGGGAAGGGUCCUCAGAACGCCUUCUACCUGAUCAAGUUCUGGGCCGACCUGAACUACAACGUGCAGGACGACCCGGCCGCCUUCUACGGAGUUACCAGCCAAUACGAGAGCUCCGAGAACAUGACCAUCACCUGCUCCACCAAGGUGUGCUCCUUCGGCAAGCAGGUGGUCGAGAAGGUCGAGACGGAGUACGCGAGGUUUGAAAACGGACGCUUCAUCUACAGAAUCAGUCGCUCUCCGAUGUGUGAAUACAUGAUCAACUUCAUCCACAAGCUCAAACACCUGCCUGAGAAGUACAUGAUGAACAGCGUGCUGGAGAACUUCACUAUUCUGCUGGUGGUAAGCAACAGAGACACUCAGGAGACGUUGCUGUGUAUGGCCUGUGUGUUCGAGGUUUCCAACAACGAACACGGAGCACAGCACCACAUCUACCGACUCAUCAAGGAAUAGCAGCGACACACCUACACAACAAACACAUUCAUGGCCUUCGCUUGGUGAUUUAAUGGUGACAUUGGAAGUAAAAAAUGUCUGAAAAACGGAAUUUCUCUCAGCCAAACAAUUUAGUGAAGAAGGAAGAUGGCUGCGUGCUCACUGCUAGAACGUAAUACAACGGGCUAGACCUUAAUUAACACCACAUACGGCUCAGUGUGCUGCAGAAUCCUCCUCUACGGGAUUCAUUUCAACACACGAAAUAUUAACUGGGAGCUGCCGACCGGCGGCUCAUUAGCUGUAAAAGCACAGUGGCAGUGCAGCGUAGAAACGCAUCCGAAUCGACCUGGGAGGUUUUUCCCGAGAACAUCGUGACUCUGAUACCACCAGGAGAUGUCGCGUCUCCUGCUAAUUACUUUCCUGCCUUGUUCUCCUGUUUAAUUUGUAAUUUUUGCUCUUCUGAUGAUGGAAGUGGUAUCUCUGUCGUGUUGUUUUUUUUUUUUUUUGGGAAAGACAACCCAGUCAAAAGGGAAAAAGAUCUCACAAUUUGGCAUGACGCCCCAAUGACGAAAAUGAUCACGCCAAGAUAGCUCUGAAGGUCAGACCCUGUGUAUCGCUAAUAAGCAGAGAGGAAAUAACAGUUACUGCAUUAUCAUAUAGUAGAAUAUAGAGGUGGGUUUGUACAGAUAGACACACAAAAGAAAAGGUUUGUCCCAAAGAAAAAGAAAUCAAAUUUUUACCUUUUUGUAUGUUAUUCUUGAGGAAAUAAAAAAAUAGCUUCUAAACUUUGGGAAAUUGUUUAUGGAUAGUAACAUAUAGACUAUAUUUUAAUUCCACGAUCACUAUCUAAAAUUUAUCUUAUUAAACUAUAAGUAAAAUUGAACAAUUCAGGUACCUUUUUUGUGCAAAAGAUGACUCUUUGUCUAGAUUCAAGCAAGUAAAGACCACAAUGAAAUUAGAAUCCCUCAGAUUUUGGUCUUGGUUGAGAGGAGUUGGGUGAUUUAUUGAUCUGCUUUUCAGAGGAAUCGAACGGAUCGCAUCGUUCAUUUGAUUUGUACUCGUGCAUUUAGUUUACAAAAGUCUGCUGUGAGCAUUUAUACUCUUAGUUUGCAAUUACACCACAAAACACUAGUUAGUGGUGAAGUUUUUUGCUACUCUAUUGAAUUUCUGUCAAGCAAUUGAAUCUGAAACGGAGCAGAAAAUGUUGGAAUAAACAAACUUUUACUGAAGAACGACUGGUAGAUGUAUGAAAAGUUAUCCGUUAGCAUCAUGAGCACGUCAGAUAUUCUUAAAGUCUGUUAGAUAUUAAACUUUGUCUCACAAAAACACUAUUUUACUUGUGUGUAAACUUGGCAUAUUACUGCCAAACAGGCCAGUUAUAGUUUUUGUGCUAGUUUUGCCGCUACAUGUUACAUUUCUGGGAAGAUAUGCAUCAAGCUGUGCUGUAGAGCUACUGACGAAAUAAAUAACACUUUAUUGUUGCGACAUUUAAGUAUUUGGUAACACCUGAAGUAAUUAGUUUAGCAGGGCAUAGUUAAUUGAUUAUGUUGCAAAUGAUAAUUUAACUGAAUAAAAAUAAGAAAAAGAAGGUCGUGCACAUCAGUAAAUGAAGAUCAGCUGUAGUUCCUGGUUGUUCCACCAGGUGGAGCGUCUUACUUUUUAAUACUGUAUUAGACUGUAUUUUGCUAGCAAUGACAAAGACUUCUGUGAUCCUUUUUGACCCCUGAGUGUAUGCAGCCAAGAAAAGUUUGGAUUUACUGGACACUUUUUCCAUACCUCAGUGACAAAUAUGACUGAUCCGCUAAUUUGUAUCCCUAGUUAUGACAUUUUUAGGUUUUUCUAAGCUGCAUUGUUUUCAGUUAAUGUAGCUGCUCAGUAUUUAUUUGCUCCGCUUCGAUUGCUGUUGUUUGAAAUACAGGAAGAAACUCAACACAGCGACACAAAAUACCAACUGGCAUUUUGGUGACAAAAACGUAAAAGUGUGCAAGUAUAAAUGCCAACAACUACAUAUGUCCUGAAUCUGAUUCUAAGGUCAGGAUGGAUCCGAGGAAUGCUUACUUUAAGUUAUCUCCUUAUAAGGCUUAUUGGUUAACUGAAUGUUUGGAAUUAAUAAUUUACCUGAUUAAAAAUAUAUCAACUGAUAAGACAGAAAAAGAAGAAGGUCAUGAUGUCAGUAAAUGUAUCGUAGAUCAGCUGUAGUUCCUGGUUGUUCCACCAGGUGGAGCCUCUUACUGUUUAAUGCUGUAGAGACCAGAGGAGGCAUCACUCAGACUACAGUUCAUGUUAAAGCAGAGAGUAUUGUGGGAGUUUAGCUAGCAAUGGGGCACCAUGACAAAGACUUCAGUGGUGAUUAAUGACUCCUAUUACGUCAAUUUUGCUGAAAAAGUCACGUAUUUGUGGCUAAAAAAAAUCCUACCUGCAUAUGAAAUGUCUCUGGUAUCUCAUUCACAUUAACCAUAAAUUGAUCAUUGAUUGAUUUUAGACUGUCAACUCUUAGAAUAUGUUAAGAAAACGCUGAAAAAAAAGGUCAUGCAUGUCAACUUUUUACCUUUUUGUCUCCAAAUGUAAAAACAAAAAAGUAUCAAAAUGAAUGGAUACUCCUGAAAAACCGUCAGCCAUGAAUACAUAAUCAGGACCAUCUUAAGGAUUCUAAUUUUAAAUAUAUUGUGGUCAGUCCAUCGAAAAGCACUGUGAAUUAAAAAAGACUAUACAUUAUUCAUGGUGUAACAAGUUAAAGUUAACCUUUAAUACGUUUAUGACCUGGAUCUCUUUACAAAUGAAGUCUAGCUUAGUGAAGUAUUCUUAUACCAGCUAAUUUGAGCUUUAACACGCCCGUACUGCCAAUAGAGACUGAAAUAUGAAUUAAAUUUUAGAUUAAAGGCUGCCCUGACCAGGACACUUUGGCACCUCGGUGGCGUUUUAACUCUGGGUUCCCUUCAGAAAGUCCAUGUUAUGAAAGAUUCCGUCAGAAUUAAAGUCGUUUAUGAGUCAAAAACCAAAAACUGUCGGCGAGUGGAGGUGUAGCAGGAGUCGUCUGGCGGUCGGUCGGUCGGUGAAGUGCCUUUUGGCUGGAGACAGCAGGAGACGUUUCUGUUUCGCUAAAGUCCUGAUAAUUUGGUGUUUGUAGAAAAGAGAAAAAAGCCUUUUAGUGUUUGUCCAGAACACAGUUCGGUCUCACAUGCUGGAGCCAGUUACCUGAAUUUCAUAUGAGAAAGUUUGUUUUUUUAAUGUAAUUUGUGGACAUUUGCAGCAAAACAUCCUGGAAAAUCAGUUUUUAUUUCCCUGUAGAUGUCAGGAGAACACACUGUUGUUCGCUUCUAUCUAACGGCAGUAUUUACCGGAAUCUGUUCCACAUGUUUGUGCAGAAAAAGCUUCACACUAGAUACGAUCUGGUGCCUUGUUCAUUCACUAUGAAACACUAAUUCUGAUUUAGCUUCCUCACUGCGGGAUCAUUUAUAAAGAUCUGGGCCUUUAUUGAUCAGUAAGUCAAGAAAUCUGCUUAAAGGUUUGUUCAUAAAGUAGGAAGACAUCCUUCUGUCUUUAGAAGCUUUUAGAAGCUACAGCCAACAGAAUGCUGAUACCGCUCUUUGCUUAAGACGUUGUUUUGAAUCAUUUGAACUCACUGAAAGGGGUUUUCCAUCUUAAAUCAUCAACCAUCUAUGAGCAAAUUAAUAAUGUUUUUUAAAGAAUAAAUUACGGAUAUUUAAAAUGAAAAGCAGUGAAAUAUAAAAUAUUUUUAGAGAUUUUUUGAUAUUUAAAUUACCCAUCGAUUCACUUUCAGCAGGGUUUUUUUUUAGAAAAGAAGUAAAAAUUCAUCCAAAAUGGGGUCUAAAAAUAAAAAAAUAUGCCAAUAAAAUAUCAUAAUUGCUAAAUUACAUUUGGAGAACCACUUUGAAACUUGGAUCAGUCUACCUGCCAAAGUUUUGAUUUUUGUGGUACAAUAAACCUGCUCAAUAAGUUAGCAUCAUGAUGCGAAGCAUGGUGGUGGCAGCAUCAUAAAAUGAAGCAUGGUGGCAGUAUCAUGAUGUUUCAAUUCACUGAUAAUCAGAUUAUUUGAGCUACUCGUUCAAUAUUCUAAGUUUUGAAACAAACUUUUCAUUAAAAAUAUUAAUAAAAUGCCACCAAACUGGAAGAAAAAACACAAUGAAGCAUCUCAAAAAUUUUUAACCAACCCUAACCCAUUUGCAAAAAGACGAAAAAAAAUGUAAAGAAAAGAGACUAUAAUAAAAUAACUGAAAAUUGCCUAAAAUUUAUAUAUAUGCAAUAAUAUAUAAAAUGGGAUGAUAAAAUGAUAAAAUAUCCCAAAUUAUAAACAAAGGUUUUAAAAAUACUCAUAAAAUGUUGCACAAAUAUGGUAAUCGGUGUUAUUUUUUUUUUCAUAUUCUGAAUCAAUGACAUGAUGAGAAAUAACAAAAAAAUUCAGGGUUUUUUUUUAAUCUCUAAGAGUUUCUGAGAUGUUCAAAAAUAACCUGCUGAAAGUUGGUUGAUGGGAAAUUUUAGUUUUGCAUAUAUGAAGCUAAAAAUCUGUAUAAAUAUCUAUAUUUUCUGCUAUAAACUUUACAGGAAAAUCAGAGAUGGUUGAACAGAAAUUGUGCUCAUAAUUAGAUGAUCAAAAAGAUGAAAAAAAUUAAAGAUUAAAUUCCUGUGUGUGUAAAUGAUCGAGGCCCAGAAACUUUCAUGUGUUCUAAUAAUGAAAGAACAUCAAAGUGUGAAAACUGUUCGGGUUUUAUUUCCAGUGAGACCAGCUGAGAUGUUACGAGGCGUCCAGAAGGUCCAGGAACUUCUAGAAAACUCCUGAAAUGAGACAUUUUAGUCAGAACUGUUCAUCCGGUAAAAAUAUAUUUAACAAAUAGUGACUCACAUCCGACUGAGGAGCAGUUUUCAUGCAUUUUCUCAGAGGCCGAUCACAGAAAUGUUUAUUUAAGGCUGGUAAUUAUCAGGUAGUCAAUUAAUUGGCACUAACAAUUUAACCGAUUAGAGUUAUACUAGCCAAUAAGGCAGAAAAAGAAGAAGGUCGUGCAUGUCAGAAAAUGUAGAUCAGCUGUAGUUCCUGGUUGUUCCACCAGGUGGAGCCUCUUCCUGUUUAAUGCUCUAGAGACCAGAGGAGGCGUCACUCAAGCAGAGAGCAUUGUGGGAGUUUAGCUAGCAACGGGCACCAUGACAAAGACUCCUGUGGUGCUUAAUGACUCCUAUUACGUCAGUGUUGCUGAAGAAGUCACGUGUUUGUGGCUAAAAAAAUCCUAUCUGCAUCUGAAAUGUCUCCUGUCUCUAAUUCAUGUUAAUGAUUAAUUGAUUACAGACUGCCAACUAUCAGAAAAUGUUACAUAUUUAUAUUCCAACUCUCCACUGAAUCCUGUAUUAACACUGAAAGAAACAAGAAGAUAAUUUUAAAAAGAGAAGAACGUCGUGCAUGUCAAGCUUUUACCUUUUUGUCUGCAAAUUUAAUGGAUUCUGGAUAUGAUUCAGGAGUAAUUUUCAUGCAUUUUCUGCAAAAAUAUUUGGAUUUUUUGUGUUCAAAACCACAAAAUUGUAACUCUAAAGACACUUAGGGGUGUUUCUCAGGAUUCUAAUGUCCUGUGCAUCGAAAAGAAGUUUCAGAAAUUCCAGAGUUUUGCAAACAUAGAAGAGAAAAUCCAGCUGCUGUUGCAAUAAAACCCUCGGUCUGGACAUUAUUUACCACCUGCUAACCAAAGACAGUCAUCUAAAGUGAUUUAUUACAAGCUUCUGCCAAAAAAACCCACAUUUUCCGGUAUACGUGGACACCUCUUAUCAUCUCUGCUGUCAGACAGAAAGCAAACCCUGAGCUGUGACUUCUUUUGACUCCACGUGUCGACAUCAGCAGGUUUUACUGUUAAACGUCCGUUUCUGAGCCGAUAACUUCACACUGGAAGCCGCCGCGUCAACUCGAGUUUUCAAUCAUCGUCGUCCAUGUUGUUAAUGUCGUCUUGUUUGUGAAAGUUGGAUAUUUAUCUCUUUAUUCAGAAAACCACGCAGAAGUCCUGUAAUGGAUUCCAGAAUGGCCUUGAAUCUUUUCCGGCUGCAGCUCGUCUGCACCCAGGAAGUUUUUUUUGUUUUUAAUAAGGUGCUUUGUAUAAAAGAAAAAAGAGACGUGACACUAAGGUUUAUUACAGAUGUUGUGUAUAUCUUUGAUAUUCUAAUGUUUAUCCUAUUUUGGAGGCGAGUGUGACGUCUGUUGGUUCUGCACAGGGUCUGAUCUUUGCUUUGUAACUUUCCCCUCAUGGCUAAAAGUAUGUUAGAGAUUUUCUAGCUUUGUAGAGACUUUGUACGCAUAUGCUACUCAGUUUAAAUAAAUGGUCAAUUCUAAAGUGG